UUAUUAAUUCCUUCAUAACAAAUCAAAGAGGCAGCAUUCUAUUCAAAAUGAAGUCUUCCUCAUUUGCCCUGCUACCAUUUUGCAUCAUAUUCGCCACCCUCUCCAUUGUGCAUCAUGCCUCUUCCAAACAAUCUGCAACGAACAUAACCGAGGCGAUAGAGGAUGCAUGCACGCUCACGAGAGCUCGAGAUCUUUGCGCGUCGGUGCUAAUAUCCGAUCCUCGGAGUGAGACCGGAGACAUCAGAAUGUUUGGUGUGAUCAUACUAGAGAAGGCCUUGUCCAAGGUGGUAAGUGAGAGUGGUGGUAUUCCCAUGGAAGGGGUAUGUGGCCCCAAGUCGAAUGAUCAUCAAAGGCUAGUACAUGAUAUCAUGGAAGCGAUCAAGAAGUUGAAAUAUGAUGUUAAGCCUGUGGCUUUUGCGGUGGAUAACAUGUCAAAUGCUAUUGAAGACAUUCUAAGAUGCACUAGUGCCUCUUCUGCCCUUGUGCGCCUUCUUCGCAUUGCUAUGGAUAUUCUCUUAGUUCUUCCAUAAAUAUUUUGCCUAGCCAUCUCGAUUGAUCAACAAUUAUUGAUUAUAUGUGUGUGUGUAUUUUGUUGCAAUUUCCUUCUUCUUAUCAUAUAUCAUUACAAUCUGAUACGUUCAUCAAUCAA